UGCCGCCGCCAUGGAGAUGCCGCUGCCGCCCGACGACCAGGAGCUGCGGAAUGUCAUCGACAAGCUGGCGCAGUUCGUGGCGCGCAACGGGCCCGAGUUCGAGAAGAUGACCAUGGAGAAGCAGAAGGAGAACCCCAAGUUCUCCUUCCUCUUCGGCGGCGACUUCUACGGCUACUACAAGUACAAGCUGGCGCUGGAGCAGCAGCAGCUGCUGUGCAAGCAGAGCCAGGACAUGGAGGCCACGGCGCAGAUGCAGCCGCUGCCGCAGCCCGCGCUGCCGCCGGCUGCGCCCAUCCCGGCCCCGCAGGGCACGCCGUCCGUGGAGGAGCUCAUCCAGCAGAGCCAGUGGAACCUCCAGCAGCAGGAGCAGCACCUCCUCGCCAUGCGGCAGGAACAAGUUACAUCAGCAGUAGCCCUUGCGAUUGAACAACAAAUGCAGAAAGUUUUAGAGGAAACCCAGUUAGAUAUGAAUGAGUUUGACAACUUGUUGCAGCCAAUAAUUGACACGUGCACAAAGGAUGCAAUCUCAGCUGGCAAAAACUGGAUGUUUAGUAACGCCAAGUCUCCUGCCCACUGUGAGCUGAUGGCUGGGCACCUGCGGAAUCGCAUAACGGCAGAAGGAGCUCACUUUGAGCUUCGACUGCAUCUAAUCUACUUAAUCAAUGAUGUACUACACCACUGCCAGCGGAAGCAGGCACGAGACCUUCUGGCCGCUUUACAAAAGGUGGUUGUGCCUAUAUAUUGUACCAGUUUCCUGGCAGUGGAGGAGGAUAAGCAACAGAAAAUUGCCAGACUUCUCCAGCUGUGGGAAAAAAAUGGGUACUUUGAUGAAUCGAUUAUUCAGCAGUUGCAGAGCCCAGCACUUGGACUUGGCCAGUACCAGGCAAAUUUGAUCACAGAAUAUGCAACGGUAGUGCAGCCUGUGCAGGUAGCCUUUCAGCAGCAGAUACAGAACUUGAAGACUCAGCACGAAGAAUUUGUAAACAGUUUGACACAGCAGCAGCAGCAGCAGCAGCAACUACAGAUACCCCCGCUAGAGAACGAGGUGAAAUCAACGCCCCCACCCCAGGCCCCCACAUCGGCACCAAGCACCGCUCCGCCGUCUGUUCCAGUCACGCAAGCAGAUGAUGGUAAAUCUCAGAUGCCGCUGUCUGGCUCUACGGAAUAUGACACCACAGGGUCUGGAGUGCAGGAUCCUGCUUCUGGAGGACCGCGUGGCCCUGGGUCUCAUGAUCAGAUUCCACCAAAUAAACCACCCUGGUUUGACCAGCCUCACCCUGUUGCACCCUGGGGUCAACAACAGUCUUGUGACCAGGCUCCUUACCCUCAGCAGCAGGGACCUCCUCAUUGUCCUCCCUGGAAUAACAACCACGAAGGAAUGUGGAACGAACAGAGAGAUCAAGGUUGGAACAACCAGCGAGAGACGCCUUGGAACAACCAGCCAGAUCCCUCUUGGAACAACCAGUUUGAAGCACCGUGGAACAACCAGCACGAACAACCUCCAUGGGGUGGGGGUCAGAGGGAACCUCCAUUUCGAAUGCAGCGGCCACCUCACUUCAGAGGCCCAUUCCCUCCACAUCAGCAACAUCCCCAAUUCAACCAGCCCCCGCAUCCGCAUAAUUUCAACCGCUUCCCACCUCGCUUCAUGCAGGAUGAUUUCCCACCUCGCCAUCCCUUUGAAAGGCCUCCUUAUCCUCAUCGUUUUGAUUACCCCCAGGGGGAUUUUCCUCAAGAGAUUGGUCCUCCUCAUCAUCACCCCGGUCACAGACUGCCUCAUCCUGGGAUCAGCGAGCACCCUCCCUGGGGAGGGCCCCAGCACCCCGAUUUUGGGCCUCCACCACAUGGAUAUAACGGGCAGCCUCCUCACAUGCGGCGACAAGGCCCCCCUCACGUGAACCACGAUGAUCCCAGUCUGGUGCCAAACGUUCCCUACUUUGACCUUCCCGCUGGACUUAUGGCUCCACUUGUGAAACUUGAAGAUCAUGAGUAUAAACCUUUAGAUCCUAAAGAUAUACGUCUUCCACCCCCAAUGCCCCCCAGUGAGAGACUCCUGGCUGCGGUUGAGGCAUUUUAUAGUCCACCAUCUCAUGACAGGCCUAGAAACAGUGAAGGCUGGGAGCAGAAUGGACUGUACGAAUUCUUCAGAGCUAAAAUGAGAGCGAGGCGGAGGAAAGGUCAGGAGAAGAGAAAUAGCGGGCCGUCUCGGUCUCGCAGUCGCUCGAAAAGCCGAGGUCGCUCGUCCUCCCGCUCCAAUUCACGAUCUUCAAAAUCAUCCGGCUCCUAUUCGAGGUCCCGAUCUCGCUCUUGCUCUCGGUCCCGAUCCUAUUCACGGUCCCAGUCCAGGAGCAGGAGCAGGUCCCGCUCUUCUCACAGCCGUUCGCGGUCACGCUCCAGGUCACGAUCGAAGUCCUACUCCCCGGGAAGGCGACGCCGGUCGCGGUCCCACAGUCCCACUCCUCCKUCUUCUGCUGGCUUGGGGUCCAGUUCUGGGCCUCCUAUACCAGAGUCAAGACUUGGAGAAGAGAAUAAAGGCCAUCAAAUGCUAGUAAAAAUGGGAUGGAGUGGAUCUGGUGGAUUGGGAGCCAAGGAACAGGGGAUUCAGGACCCAAUUAAAGGAGGAGAUAUCCGAGACAAAUGGGAUCAAUACAAAGGAGUGGGAGUUGCAUUAGAUGACCCUUACGAAAAUUAUCGAAGAAAUAAAAGUUACUCAUUUAUUGCACGCAUGAAGGCCAGAGAUGAAUGUUAAUUCUGUCUGAAGUGGAGAGGUGCUGCCUUGGGAUCAAGUCAGACUGAUGCUGAGCAGUGUAUCCUAACAUCUAAAUGGGGAAUGAAGCAUCUAGUUCCAGCACAGGUGACCUCUGAGCACUGUGUGAGCUUGUUAGAAGCUACCAUACAACUCACCACCCCUGCACACCAGCUGCUGCAGCCACAACUCGGUUCAGAACGGGAGGGUUAACUGUUCUCCGUGUUCAAGCGCUCUAAGGGAUGUUCACUGCUUUGUAAUGGAAGACAUUCUUUAAGCUUUUUAUAUUUUUGUAUAUACCCUUUAUUAAACGCUAAUUAGUUCAAUAGAAGAGAAUCGUUUUUCUCUGCUCUGCAAGUUUCUAACAGUGAAACAUUCGUGGAAACUUCCUCUAAACUAAAUGAGACAAAAGUUUUGUAAGUGUUUUGAGACCACCAGCUAAAGAUGUUAGGUCCCUACGCUGCACUUCCACGCCCGCGGUCUGCUUGGUGGUAACCUCUUCCAGAGUCAUUGGUUUGUAGAGCAGAGACCCUCUUAAAACCAUUCAGUUAAUAUGGUGAAAUAGCAGUUUGUUCUAGAUCUACUGUAGUUGUGGAACUGUAACUGUCUGUGAAUCAGCAUACACCACCUGUAUGUUAUCACCUCGUGAAUUUUAUUGUUUUGCCUUCCAAUAAA